UUGACCCCGUUCAAACGGUCACACUGCCAGCACAAGAAAAUUCUUUGGACGAAAACUCCAAGAUUUCCGUUUUCAAUUAACAAUAAUGAAUUAAUUAGCGCUUGAAUUAGCACAAGGCCUUCAGUUAAUCAACUAGCACAACUCCGAGGCACUAGGAAGCGAUGGCAGUACUGGGCGCCCAAUUGGUGAUCACCUUGGUGAUGGUUAGCGUCAUCCAGAAGCUGAGUCCACAUUAUUCCUUCGCCAAGUGGAUACUGUGCCGCACCGGUCUGCACCGUUACCUGCAUCCCACCGACGAUGAGCUGCGCUCCAAAGGGGGCGUGCCGAAGGAGAAGCCGCCAAAGGGUGGCCGAAACAAGCAGGCGAACGGAAACGCCGCCAGCGCCACACAGUUUCACAUACCGCGCAGCAUUGAGGUGGAGCUGGAGACUUUACCCGUUCAGGAGCGGGAUGUGGUGCACCUGAGGUACUUCACCGAAUACCAGUGGCUGCUUGACUUUAGCGUCUACGCGGGCAUUGUCUACGUGGUCUCCGAAGUGUUCCACUUCUUCUAUCCGCUGCGUCAGGAGAUCAACCUAAGCAUGGUGUGGUGCCUGCUAGUCAUUUUCUUUGCCCUGAAGCUGCUCUCAUCGCUCACGGUGCUCUACUUCCAAAGCGAGGAGUCGAUUGGUGAGCGGUCAAUGGUGAUUGUGGCCUGUUUAGUCUACCUGCUUGUCGCCAUGAUUGUACUGAUUGUGGACGAGCGUAUACUGGAGACGGGCCUGGAGGAUGCUUAUGCCAGCUUCAAUGCCAGUGCGUCGAAAUUCCUAACUGACCAAGGACUGCCAUCAUCCGGUCCCGCGUCCAAGAUCGUGGUGAAGUUCUUCCUGGCCAUGGGUUGCGGCCUGCUUGGAUCAUUGUUCACCUUUCCAGGACUACGAAUGGCCAAGAUGCAUUGGGAUUCAUUGAAAUACUGCCGCGGCAACCGGCUGCUGCAAGUUCUGCUGAAUCUCAGCUUCGUGCUGCCGUUUAUCCUAGUCAUCCUCUGGAUCCGUCCAAUCAGUCGCGACUACCUGACCGUGCGUGUUUUCCAGGGCAUGCAACAGCCGCUAUUGAAGCCUCACGUGUUCGAGACCCUUCGCCUCCUGCUGGUGAUCUUUGUCGUGGUGGUCCGCUUUGCCCUUAUGCCUAUUUAUCUGCAGUCGUACCUGAACCUGGCCCAUGACAAGAUCCUUGACCUACGCAAAGAGGCUGGGCGCAUUACUAACGUAGAGUUCAAGCAGAAGAUCUCGUCGAUCUUCUAUUAUCUGUGCGUUGUGACCCUGCAAUUUGCUGCCCCGCUUAUAUUGUGUUUGUACCUCACGUUGAUGUACAAGAGUCUGGGUGGCUUCAGUUGGGCAGGCAUAUUCAGGGAAAACGUCGUUCUGCAGCACGAAUGUGCGGCAGUUGACGAGAAUCCGAUUACUAACAGUGGAGAAGCUUUAACGACCAAUGGUCAGGGGGAUUUUAAUAUUAUUGAGUCUGCCCAAUCGCUACAAGCCUCGUUUAGCAGCCUUAAAAACGUAUUCUCGACGGAGGUGUACAAGGGCUUUCUGGGAUUCGCCACCUGGUGGAGUUACUUUACUCUGUUCGCCACUUCCUCGCUGGGAAUUGUCUACCAGUCCUAUUUUAACAAAACCUAAGAUUUAUUGAACAAACCAAAAAUGCAGUCUUACAUUUUUAAUUACCUACAUUUGAUAUUGUUUACACUAGGUUAGUCAAUGUCUUGGAGAACACCUUGGUUUUAAUGUAUUGUAAAUAAUACUACUUUACUGACUGUUUAUAAAGUGUGUGUAAUAAAGACAAAAGAGUGUCAUAGAAAUGACCAAGUUGGUAAUAUAAACCGA